UGGAUGCGGGGGCGCGCUCAAAACUCGGUCAAAGGCUCUUCCGCUCUUUCGGCGACGCGCGCAGGGUCCUGAAUCCUGUGCGUAAAGAUGAAGCGUGCACAUCUGGCUCUGGCAGGGUCGCAGAGUUGCGGAGGGAGGGACUUCUUCAGAGAGAGUGUGUGUGCGUAUGUGUGUGUUCUGUAAUUCGCAGCAGAUGACCACUUGGGGGGAUGGAGGAUGCAUUCGGGAGGCGAGCCUCACCAGAGCGCAUUGGACUAAUUGAACCGUUGCGGAUGCAGCAAUGCUCCUGGGCUGUGCAUCAUUUUUUAGACCGCGGCGUGAGUUAUGGAGGGGUAGCUCUGCAGCAUGACAGAGGAGAGGGGCGCCUGCAACUGAACAACGCAUGUGGAAAUGGAUACCAUCGGUUCCCUGGUGGGAAUAUGCAUUUUCCUGCUGUCGCUCGGUGGGUUUUCAUCUCCCUCACCGGUGUUGGAUUUUUGUCCGGAAGGCUGCGACUGCGCGCAUUCGAGGCACCUCGUGUGCGCCAACCGCGGCUUGCGCGCAGUGCCCAAAGCAGCCGCGCACACGUCAGAUGAAGCGCUGAUCUUCAGCCUCGGGGGUAACUUCAUCACGAACAUAUCGGCUUCCGAUUUUGAACGGUACUGUAAGCUCGUAAGGCUGAAUUUACAGUAUAAUCAAAACAGUAUUCACCCUGAAGCAUUCGAGAAACUGUCGAGACUGGAGGAGCUUUACUUGGGGCAUAACCUUUUAACAGCUUUACCUGCUGGAAGUUUGCAACCCCUGAAAAAACUUUCUACGUUCUAUGGGAAUAACAAUGAGAUUAAGCGAAUCACACCGGAGAACUUUUUGAACUUGGAUAAUCUUGUAAAACUGCGUCUGGAUGGUAACUCGCUAGAGGUUUUGCAGGACUCUGUGUUUAAAAGCUUGACCAACCUCCAGUAUCUUCACCUGGAACACAACAAAGUGCAACACGUCCACAGAAACGCUUUCUCCAAACUGACCAACCUGCGCUAUCUAAACCUGGCCCACAACAAACAGUCAGCUCUGACAAAUGUUCUCACUUUCUCUCACCUGAGAGCUCUGACCACUUUGCUGCUGUCUGAAAAUGAAAUCCGCCACAUCGGAAACCACCUCUUUCAAAACCUGAAGAAGCUCUCGAAGCUUUCCCUGAGCAACAACAGGAUUUCUUCCAUGGACAGAGACGGUCUGAGGGGACUGUCAAGCCUCAGGGAGUUUCUGAUCGAUGGCAACGAGUUGGAGAAAAUCGACGCCGGAUGGCUCGAACCUUUGGAGAGCAUCGAGGUGCUGGACUUCAGUCGCAACCUGAUCGCCAGCGUGGAUCCCUUGGCCUUUUCCAGACUCCGAUACUUAAAGGUGCUUAGGUUGAAGAACAACUUUCUCACCAGACUGCCAGGGGAGAUUUUUGCCUUCAACAACGUCCUUCAGGACGUCGAUCUCAACGGCAACAACUGGACCUGCGACUGUCGCCUUGAGGGCUUGAAGAAUUGGAUGACCGCUGCUCAUUCCCAGCGCAGGCUGCUGACUGUGUUUGUGCAAUGCCGUUACCCUGAAACUCUGAGGGGGAAAUAUCUGGACUAUGUGAACAUCUCCCAGCUGCAGCCCCUUGGGAACUGGAACCAUUCCUGCAAGAGUGGAGCCGGGCCUGGGGAGAGUCGGGGAGGGGGCCUACUCAAGAAACUGGAUAGAAAAGAAGGAGCGGAAGUAGAUGGAGAGUUGAAAUGGGAAGAAGAUCAGAUGAAGCUACAUGAAAGAAAUAAAACAGAAUUGGGAGGGAGAGAAGGCUUGAGACACUUUAACAGGGGUGAGAUAGUGGUGAAGAGGGAAGGGGAGAAAAGAAAAAGAGGUGGCCAGGAAGAGGUGGGAAUCCAAGGAGAUCAAGGGGGCCUGAAGGCGGCAGACACUUCUAUUCCGAAUGGCAAGAAAACCAAGAAAGAGUCACUGUCUGCUAAAGGGGCAGCUGGUAAACGUGGCAAACAAAGGCACCGCUCAAAUGUUAUCCCUAAAACGCAUCCGUCAACCACAUCAAAACCAACCCAUCCAACAAACACGUCGCUCAGUACCGGCUCGCCUGUCCAGCCAGGGGAGAAGUUUGAUCUCCUGAGGUCGGAUCAAGACAAACCACUGCCUGUUAUCGUAGAUCCUUGUGUGUUCAAUCGGCAUUUUAUCACCAAUGUCUCAGUUGAUCAGGUGACAUCCAGCACUGCCACUGUCUACUGGACGAGCAGGGACCAUCAUCGCUACACACCAGGACCGAGACCGGGGCUACACGAUGUCCACUAUCGGAUUCUGUUUGACCGGUUUGGCACCCCAGACCGUUUCCCUCGCUACGUCUACGCCAAAAGAGACUCUCGCUCCAUCACCCUUCGCGAACUCACCUCAGGGGUGACCUAUGUCGUUUGUGUGGAAGGAGUAGUGGGUGGAUCCGUGUGCCAGGUGGCACCCCGAGACCACUGUGCAGGACUGGUCACCCUCUCCGAGGGGCCCAGCCGUCACGGCAGCACUCCACUAACCUCUGACCUCCAGUUGGUUACAGUGGCAACACUGGUAGGGAACGCUUUACUGCUGCUGGUCAUCAGCGGCGUCUGGCUGGGGCGGAGCCUCAGGAGGAGGCUGAAGAGGAGGAAGUCUGCCGUUCACGUGCGCCACAUGUACUCCACAAGGAGAACGUUCCGUCCGACAGUGGCAGCAACCUCGGUGUCCACGGACUUCACCAGCUACCAGAGUAGCCGACCAGCUCGGCUUGCUCCGCUGGAGGAAGGAGACCUGAUUGAGUUCCCUUGUGACCGCUUCUUAGACAACUGUGGGGCUCGCAGAGACAGCGAUAUGCAGAGAUUCUCCGACUAAAAAACAAAAAUGUAACUGCCCAGUACAGAAAUAUGUGAUUUUGACUCAAGUUUAUUUUUUUGAAAAAUAUAUUUCUCUCAUAUAAACCAUAAAAAAACAACGGAUUAUGAACAUAGGGUUGUUUUUGGCAGAAAAAGCCGACCCAUAGAACAAUCUCUUUCAGCUGUAGAACAGCUGAGCUCACGAUGAUUGUUUCAGACUCAGGAGGAAGUCCAGUUCCUCAGACCUCCUUGUUCCCUGAUGAGGCCCUUUCCUCUUUCAUUUCCUCGCACCUGCGACUGUCUCAUUAUAUGUGAUUUUGUUAUGUGAGUGGAUGUGUGCACAUAUUUUAUGUUGUACCACUGAUUUCAGCAACGGUGCUAAUACCUGAUACGCAGACGUCAUAUUGUCUUAUAUUUGUACAGAAUGUCAUGAGGGCUGCUGGUUGGCAGAAAAAUAUGUACUAGUUGACUUAUGUUUUAUGCAUCUUGUAAAGAUAAUAGCAUCUUUUUAUAUUACACAAAAAAAAGCAAAAGCACAAGGAGAUCGGUAUGUUACCCAAGGAAUAGGGUUGCCAGUUAUGGAGAAGUGCAUACACCUCCAAAUUGUGCAUAAACUAGUUGCUGGGAGCAAAUAUCCCCAAAAAUGUGACUAAACUGGUAUUGAAGUGUUUGUGGGUGGAUGCUUUAGGUAUAUAAGACAUCAAUUGAUGUCAUAUGUAUUGAUUUAUUUGGCAAAGGAAAAUAAUAAUAAUUUUCCAAGCCUACAUGGAAUAUGUGAAACACUUAGGCCUGUGAAGCAGACAGAUAUAAUAUGGACGUUGCAGAGUCUUUUCUUAUGGCAUCACAUUUCAACUUUAGGCAUCAAAGUCUGUUCACAUGGAUGAUACUGCUCUUAAUGUUUUAAAUAUUGCCUGUCAUUCACAGCUUAAACACAUUGCGAGCUCUGGUAACGCUUAGUCUCUUUGUUUCCAUCAACAGCGUGGGAUGCCUCCCAAUAGACAAAAACAUGUGAAUACACACAAACAUCAGCACAAAAAAGUAUUUGAAGAGCACCAAAAAGUGGAGGAGUCAAGCAUCCAAGCUCUUCAUAGCUCAUUCCAGUGUUUUACAUGAGAGAAUUGGCUCACUCUGAAAAAAGGUGUUAAAGAAUGUACUUUAAUAUGAAUGAUGAUCCAAUCUAAUUAAGGGGAAAUACCACUUUCAGUGCCUGUUUAACAACAUGUUAAGAAUAUUUAUGAAGGCAGGUUGGACAAAACUGGAGGGCUUCAAUCUCCCCCAGUUGCUCUGGUCAAACGUCACUUUUCACCGAAACGGACACUAGGGGGCAGUGUAGACCGCAGAGUUUAUUUGACACCAAGUUCUUUAUGCACAUGCUGUUUGAUUCCAAGCAUCAACAAACACCGCUUUUUGUUUCAUGAAUGAAAAAUAACACGAAACCAUAUGAAGUUAGCAGAAUAAUGUUUUUUUUUUAUUAUAGCAUUACAUUUGCAGCCAUAGUCCAUGUCUUUACAGUACAAAAUGUUAAGUUGAAACGUAAAUCAAACGUUAGACAUGAAGUACAGCUUGUAGUUAUUUAGUGACAAUUUCACUAUGUAAAAAGUGCCUUUCAAG